AUGGAUCAGGCCAGCACUUCUUAUGAGAAGUGCACACUUUCUCAUUCGCAAACCAGUGAUUAUGACAGAGCACAUCUUGACAACGAAAGUCACGAGGUCAGUGGUCCCAUCCUCCGGCAAAAGUCACUUCUUAUGGUUCCAAACUUUGUCUUCUCUGCGAUGAAAGCAAUAGCACACCACGAGACCUGGCAACGGCAUUCCAGCUUGCCUUCAUUUUGCACCCAAUUACCCAUCUCCUAA